AUGCCUCCUUUUGGUAGGAUCCCCAUCAAUCUUUCCAGGCCUCAAGAGCCACAGUACAAUCCUGUCGCUUCCAGAAAUGUGUAUUACGACCCUUUCCUAGGCUACGCCCCAAACCCAUCUGAUGAUACCGUCUGUAUCCCCUUUGCUACCAAUCGCCUCACCCCGGUUCCUGUCCAACCAGGUCGGCUUGAACAACCAGGAGCGUCCUCCACUUUCUUGACCUCUUCUAGUAUCCCUGUGAUGAAUAUCGGCAACAAUAAGCCUGGACCCUACGUGAAUCUUGCAAGCUAUCCCAACUCCAUUAGCAGAGCUGCUCCGUCAAACGAGGUGCCAUACGGGAGCUUAGUCCGCUACAUGGAAGCCCCUACCUGGGGUGUUAUCAAGAUUUCGAACAUCCCCUACUCCAUCACCAAGCAGGAGAUCUUCCAGUUUGUUGGCAGACAAGCGCGGCUUGUUGCGGGCCACGCAGUCCACAUAAUUAUGGAGCGUCCCACUGCUAAGACGAUGGAUUGUUUUGUAGAGUUUGCUUCGACUGAAGACGCCGAAGAGACGGCGAACCGAAUCAACCGCAUCUAUGAAUGUGGACGUGCGCCUCGACUCGGUAAUAGGCACGUUGAAGUUGAGAUCAGCAACCAAGAGGACUUGCUGAAAGAUUUGUUUCCACGUGCAAAGUGCAUAAGCUGGGAAAAUGGAACGCCUAAAGUCGUGGAGAAUACUGACAGAUAUUCCACCGGCUUUACUGGCUUUUUCACCAGUGAAGAGAUCAUCGGCGCCAUUCGUCACGCUGAAAUGCCUCAACGUUCUCCAUUCGGUGCCAAGUGUCCCCAGCGUACUUACGAAUCUACCAUAAGCACGCUCUAUAAGUUUCCUUGGUAUGCAACCAACAUGUACACCGUGCAUGACCGUAAUCAGCUAUUCGAAUUGACAAACCGUCACAUACGUUCUCUGGUGUCACGGAUGGAAAAGUCCAAGACCGUUGGGCUUGACCAACGUCUGCUCCGCGAGCUCCUCUACGCCGGUCUAAAUUGCCCCGCAUUCAAUGAGCGCCAGAAAUAUACUCUUUGCAUUCACGCCGGCGAGAAAAGCGAGAUUCUCAGGUUGGGAGACAUGAGCAAGUGGUUCCCCUUCGAUACUCUGGUCUACCUGCCUGGCUUUGAAUAUGACACCUGCGCGCAGUUGUAUGCCAGUGUGAUCGCAAACGGUAGAUUCGAAGGCGCCUGCCGCGAGUUUCCGAAUAAUUUCCCUGCUGACAAUACCACGCUCAUAUCACCCUUCGGUCGCAUUUGGUUUGAGUGGCCAACCGAUGUCGCUAAGACUACUCUUUGGGUUGAUGCCGUUAAUCGUGAGACCAAUGUGCUCAACUGCCUUCUUCAGAGCGGAUCCAUGGGAACAAUCCACAGACCACUUUCAAUGGCUAGUACCUCAAGCAGUGUUUCCCCCACCUCUCCAAUCACUGAUGAAAGUGUGCCCCGAAACGAGAAUGUGUCCCGGGUCAGCGUUUUGCAGGCCUCAUCGCGUCGUGCCAGCGAAUGCUGGAACAGCGGCAGCGGCAGCGCCCUUCUUGAUACCGAAGGCAUUUGGGGUCAGAAAGUAUUCUUUAGCCCUCCAAAGAAAUUCCGAGCUCCUAGCCACCGCAUCACCCAUUCAUCGCCCAACUGUCUCAAAGAUUUGAACCAGUGA